UGGCGGACGUAUAAAAUAUAAUCUAAGUUUUGCAUUUUCCUCUUGUUUUUUUUUUGUUUUUUCGUGUCCCCUUCUGAAAACUGAUGUGUGUACGGGCAGGAAAGCUAGCAAUCGGGAACUCACAAUGAGCGCGCGCAGAACGAGGAGCGGUCCCACGCUUAAUUUCAAGGCGGUGCUGCUGGGCGAAGGUUGUGUGGGCAAGACGUCGCUGGUGCUGCGCUACAUGGAGGACCGGUUCAAUACCCAGCACCUGAGCACCCUGCAGGCCUCCUUCGUGACGCGCAAGGUGUCCCUGGAGGACGGGAGGAGGGCCCAGUUGAAUAUCUGGGACACGGCUGGGCAGGAGCGGUUCCACGCUCUGGGGCCCAUCUACUACCGAGGAUCUGAUGGCGCUCUGCUCGUCUACGACAUAACCGACCAGGACUCGUUCCAGAAGGUCAAGUCCUGGGUGCGGGAGCUCCGGCAAAUGCGCGGCACAGAGAUUGCCCUGAUAAUCGUGGGUAACAAGACUGAUUUGGAGGAACAGCGGGCCGUGGCCCACGAGGAUGCCCUGCAAUAUGCGCGCACAGUGGGCGCCGAGCAUAUGGAAACAUCGGCCAAGGAGAACGAGGGCGUGGCCGAGCUCUUUGAUCUGCUGACCCAUCUGAUGCUGGAGCAGCUUAGCCAGCGGGAACCGGACGGGGCUCCGCUGCGCCUCGAGUAUCCGGAUACGGGUGGCCCCAGUCACUCCGAGGAUUGCGAAGUCUCUGAUCACGGCGAUCCUACGGGCCAGCGAUCCUGCUGCGGCAUUUAGCCGUCCCCAUUGUGAUAGUAAUCAUAAUUAUAUACUAGUACCCUGUAGCCGAGGUUCAUUUUGUGUAUAUAUUGUAUUUACUUAUAGCGCGUAUGUUUCUGUUAUCAAAUAACCCCAGUACCAAACUGACCCCACGUAUUUUUGUUGAUCCUCAUUAUUGUUGUCCAAAUUGCUCAGACAUUUCCGUUUCGUGUUCUCGGCAUCUAGUUUGUGUACAAAAUUUAGUGUUUGCCCAAUCGAACUUUGUGUGCGUCUAGCAAUAAAUUAUGUUGUACUUGCA